UUCAUUUACUGUGUUGAACGGAGAACAGAAUCUCGUUAUCAUGGCAAGAACCAAACAGACCGCUCGGAAGUCCACCGGUGGAAAAGCCCCGAGGAAGCAGCUCGCUACUAAAGCCGCCCGCAAGAGCGCCCCCGCCACCGGUGGAGUCAAGAAGCCUCAUCGUUACAGGCCCGGUACCGUGGCGCUGAGAGAGAUCCGCCGUUAUCAGAAGUCCACUGAGCUGCUGAUCCGUAAACUGCCUUUCCAGCGUCUGGUGAGAGAAAUCGCUCAGGAUUUCAAGACGGAUCUGCGCUUCCAGAGCUCCGCCGUCAUGGCCCUGCAGGAGUCCAGCGAGGCUUAUUUGGUCGGUCUGUUCGAGGACACCAACUUCGCGCUUAAAAUCACCAUGUCUGGAAGAGGUAAAGGGGGAAAAGGACUUGGGAAAGGAGGCGCUAAGCGUCACCGCAAAGUGUUGCGUGAUAACAUCCAGGGAAUCACCAAACCCGCCAUCCGUCGUCUCGCUCGCCGCGGCGGUGUCAAGCGUAUCUCUGGUCUGAUCUACGAGGAGACUCGCGGUGUGUUGAAGGUGUUUCUGGAGAACGUGAUCCGUGAUGCCGUCACCUACACCGAGCACGCCAAGAGAAAGACCGUCACUGCCAUGGACGUUGUGUACGCGCUGAAACGACAGGGACGAACUCUGUACGGCUUCGGAGGAUAAACGUCUUCAUUCUCAUCAGACAAACCCAACGGCUCUUUUAAGAGCCACACACACUCUCAUAAGAAGAGUCAAUGUUUCAACUGUCUUGGUGGUAUAAUUUUGUUUAUAUUUACACGAUUAAUAUCAAUAUUAUCGUAAGUUAUACAGAAAGAGUUUGUGCGCACUCGUUUUCUGAUUGUAUUUUUCUUUAAAUUAAAAAUGCAUUUUCCUCUCUGCUCCAUUAACUGCACAUAUUUCCAAAUCGAUUCCUUCCGGGAAACCGGUUGAUAUUUUUGGACUGUGUUUAUUUCCUCGACCACUGAACUACUAUCUAUCAGCACUAAAACAAAUUACAAAAUGAUUAUUUAAAUCACUCAAUCAGACUCCACGUUAAAUCCGUUUGUUCAUCUGUAUGAAGUAAUCUCACAAGGCCUUCAACACAUCUGCUUUUCCUGGCUAGUCUGCUGGUACUUUGGAUUUAAACUAGGGAUGAUAAUUCCAAUACUGAUGUGUUAUCAAGAAUAUCGAUCCUCAAAUAAAAAUAUAGAUUCUUUUAUUGUUUAUAUAGUUUUUAUUUUUAACUAGUGAUCUUAUUAUUUAGAUAACAUGAAUAGUAAUGCAUCUCAUAAGCUUCAAAGUGGAAAAAAUGCAUUUUAUAAGCAAAUAUUUACACCAGCACUAAACAUGACAUGUGUUUUAAUGGACUUGUGUGAUCAUUUUUACAGGCUUAUUUAAAUUCAGAGGUGUUAAAACAUUGCAGUGUUUCCCAUAAUUGACUAGACUAUGGCGGCCUGCCACAGUCUAAUUUGCCCCACCACGGUUUCUUAAUGAACCGAAAACUUUUUUACACUUCUCAUAUAAAAUAUAUUUGCACUUCUCAGUCUCAUAAUAACAUAAAAUAAAAGGUUGUGUUUUGCGUUCUCUCUUACGCGCCAGUCAGUUCAGUCAGCUCCUCCCCCGCUGCUGUAAACUCACGCUCUCACACACACUCGCAGCAGGCACUGCGUUAUGGGUGGGCCUGAUGGGCCUAGGCCCACCCACUUUUCAACAGGCCCACCCAAAACUUUUCUUCAAAAUUUUUUUGUCAAGAAUUAUAAAAAAAUCGCCAAUUAAGCUCAUAAUUUGUGCUAAAAUAGUCUAAAUGUUUAGUUUUAAAAACAAUUUUAAGCGGGUUAUGUCUACUUUGAUGUUUCUGCGCAAGUUCAGCAGACAGUGUUCGGGUUUGUUCCGAUCAGAGCAUGUGAGCGGAGAGCGCAUUUCUGAAUAUUCCGCUCUGCUCGCUCAUUCUGCAGGGUCGCUCGCACAAACCUGAAUGGCCUGCUGGUUCGAACUUCGAAGAUAUGUGGAAUAAGGCCUCCGACUAUUUUUUUUCCCCCUAGUCGACUAAGCCAUUAGUGGACAAAUCGCCUCUUUAUAUUAAUUUAAUUAGGCUACUAGGGCAGGCUAUAGCCUAGUAUGGAAGCUUGUUUCCGCCAUAGAAUAGCCUAAAAUAUUUUAAAAGAUAAUUGCGACUUUUUAUCUCGCAAUUCUGACUUUAUUUCUCAGAAUUGCGAGAUAUAAAAUCAGAAUUUCGUGAACUAAAGUCGCAAUUGCGUGAAAUAAAGUCAGAAUUGCAUGAAAUAAAGUCGCAAUUGCUUCUUUUUUUUUUUUACCCAUAGUUUAUAUCUCACAAUUCUGACUUUGUAACACGCACUUUAUAUCAUGCAAUUCUGCCUUUAUAUCUCCCAAUUGCGUAGGCCUAUUAUAAAGUCAGAAUUGCGAGAUAUAUAAACAUGCAAUUAUGUGAAAAAAGCCAGAAUUUCAAGCUAUAUUUCUCGCACUUUAUAUCACGCAAUUUUGACUUAAUAACAUGGGCUACAAUUGACACUUUAUAUCACGCAAUUCUGACUUUAUAGCUAACCUGCAAUUGCCACUUUAUAUCACGUAAUUCUGAGAUAAAAAGUCAGAAUUGUGAGAUUAAAAAAAAUCGCAAUUAGGCCUACAUUUUUUAUUUUUCACUCUGUGGCGGAAACGCUCCAGUUCUCAUGCAAUGCAAGUGAUCGUACCGGCGCCUUUUUACAUUGUCUGCAAUAUAUUUGCUUCUUAUUUAUUAAAUACAGGCAAUUGGUUGAUAAAACAUUGAUCAAAAUUAAGAUACAAUUUAAUACAAAACGAAAAAACUCAAUUAAGUGGUCAGAAUAAUGUUUUACCCACUCCAUGUAUCCAGAAAUAUUGCGCAUCUCAUGAUGUAGCCUAUCAUCUCUCUCAUGCUGCAUGCUCACUUUCAUAAUAGGCCUAUUUCACAAAAUGGCGACCGCAACCGGAAGUAGGGUAACAAUUCUUCCGGUCGCGCCGCCGCUCUCUACGAUCCCCAUUCAUUCUUGGACAUUCUUCGCAAAAUGGACUGUGAACAGCGUGUUUUUUCUCAGUCAUUCACGUACUUGCCAAAAGUACAUAUAUCCGAUGUUGUCCGUUUUGUUGACAUUUUUCAGGGAAAAUUGGACAAAGGUUACAAAUUCUUUUUUGAGCAAUUUAUUUUUGAUUACCAAGGUAUGUAUUAUUUACGAUAGGCGAUUUACCUUUUGUUGGUUUUAUGGAUGAAUUUCAAAGUGGUGUAAUAAAAAAAAAAAACUAGUUUUAACCAUGUUUGUGUGUGUUUGGACACUUCAGACUCAAAUAUUAUUGCAGGGACAGUGGUAAUUACGGCCAGAUGUUAUAGGUCGUUAAGAAAGCGUGAGGAACCACAUCAACUUGAGGUAAAUACAUACUGGAUUUAGCUAAUGAUGAAUGGUAUAUUUUUUGAUAACCAAGAUAAAUUCUACUUGUCUCAGUAUCAAUAGUAACGUCAGCAGCUAUAGUUAGAAAAAACAAAACAAUGUUACAUUCAUUAAAAUGGCAUUGCACUUGAUGACACUUACUAUACCAAUCUUC